CUGAUGUUCGUACAAAUAUCGUUCACCUCCUCGAUCAAUUGCCUUUUCUCUCAGACGAGGUGUGCCCACGUCUGCAUUUGCUGCGCAAUGCUGUCCCGACAUGCGAUUCGUUUCUACUCGAAAGGAUGUGCUGGUCUUCGUACUAUACUCAAGAAGGAACUAGAGGGAAUAAAGGCAGCUGGCACAUAUAAAAACGAACGCGUGAUCAUUGGGCCACAAGGAGUUACCGUUAAAGUUCAAGGUCUGGACAAGCCGGUUAUCAACUUCUGUGCUAACAACUAUCUGGGACUAAGCAGCCAUCCUGAGGUCAUCAAAGCUGGGCAGGAAGCGCUAAAAACUCAUGGAGCUGGCCUAUCAUCUGUACGAUUUAUUUGUGGAACGCAGGACCUACAUAAAGAGCUGGAGCAAAAAAUUGCCAAAUUUCACGGUAUGGAAGAUGCUAUUUUAUAUGCAGCUUGCUUUGAUGCAAAUGGAGGCAUAUUCGAGCAGCUUGCCAGUCCCGACGAUGUCAUCAUAUCUGACGAAUUGAAUCAUGCUUCGAUUAUUGACGGAAUUCGAUUAUGUAAGGCAAAGAAGCUUCGUUACAAACAUAUGGAUGUAAACGACUUGGAGGAAAAGCUGAAGGAAAAUCAAGAUGCCCGUCAAAGAGUUAUUGUUACCGAUGGAGUGUUUUCGAUGGAUGGCGAUGUAGCGCCAUUAAAAGAAAUAUGUGAUCUGGCAGAUAAGUACAAUGCUAUCGUAUUUAUGGAUGAAUGUCAUGCUAGUGGAUUUUUCGGACCAACUGGGAGAGGAACACAAGAAGCAUUGGGAUUGUCUGGAAGAGUGGAUAUUAUCAACUCAACCCUUGGGAAAGCUUUGGGAGGAUCAAUGGGAGGUUACACCACCGGACCAAAGGAACUCAUUGACCUUCUACGGCAACGAUCGAGGCCUUACCUGUUCUCCAACUCACUAGCACCCAGUAUUGUUGGAUCUAGCAUCAAGGUGUUUGACCUUCUCAUGAACGAUCCUUCCUUCAUUGGUUCGCUGAACUCGAAUGUACAACGAUUCAGAACCAACAUGACGAAUCUUGGUUUCAAGAUCCUCGGCAACGAUCCGACCCAUCCUAUUUGUCCCGUUCUUCUUGGUGAUGCAAGGCUCGCGUCGGAGAUGGCAGAUGCUUUGCUAAAGAAAGGCAUCUAUGUGAUUGGUUUCAGCUAUCCAGUAGUUCCCACUGGAAAAGCCAGGAUUAGAGUACAGAUUUCUGCAGCACACACCCAGGAACAAAUCGACCUCGCAGUUGAUGCUUUCAAGGAAGUCGGCAAAAAACUCGGUGUUAUCUAAUUGUUAUUGUUGUUAUCGCACCCGUCGCAAGCAACUU